CAAUGCCACAUCACAUAACUACGUCAGUUCUCUUGGUGGCGAUAGGACGAUAAACGUGAUGACCGGCCUCACUGACGUUCCCUGUCAUCAGAUGUUGACGUUAUUCUCACGUCAGGGAAUUUCACUUCCACGUCAAGGCGCCGUCAACAGCUAGCGGCUGAGACAGGACAGAUGUUGCUGAUGUUCAUCAUCCUUUCUUCCGCCUCACUUCCUCUCACCGCGUGCGCUGCUUCGGCGCUCAAACAAGUCUCGACACCGUUCUUUGACCUCCUUGAGUGAGGACCGAGUGUGAACUUCAGCAUUUGUUUGUGUUUGUGUAGACUACAAAGCCAGCGGAUACCUUGAUCGCGUGUACACUUGUUUCCAUCUUUUCUGCAACAUAUUUGGAGAAAACACGGAGUACCAAUAAUGUUUCCGUUAAAUGUAACGGUUCUGCGUCCUGUUUUCCCGAGAGGACGCGGAGUUGAUGUCAGAUGCGGCUGAUUCAUUUCCAAAUUUAGUCACUAACCGGAAGUUGGUCAUUGUCAUGUUGAGGAGUGGAAUUAGGAUUGUUGUAAGUCCACACUUACUUGUGAGCUCGAACUACCAGCACGAGGGCGACGGUAUUAACGGUCACUGAAAAGCACAGACUGAACUUCUUCAAUGGCGUCUUGCUCCACACUUCCGUUGUCAGACAUGGGCACGAGCGUGGAGAACGUUGUAACAGCAGAAGGAGAAGGGAGCGAGAAGAAGGAAGAGGACGAGGAAGAGGAAGAGCAGGAAGCCAUCAUGGCGCUGUGCAUCCUUCUCUUGAAGAAGCGGAUCCAUUGGCUGCCGAUCAUCACGGCCAUCUUCAUCAUCUCCGCCUUCUUCAUCUCCUACGGAGUUUCCGUUAGCCAGGGUCAUGUAGAGCCGGACUUUCCCUACAUCAGCCACACUGCGAUCCUGGCUCCGGAGAGAUGUAUUUUUGCUCAGCUCGUCAACAUCGGCGCCUUCCUCCGUUUAUGGUUCGAGUCCCUACAGCGGACACUUUUUAAAAAGUCUGAUUUUGACGUCACAUCCUGUAGAUCUCUAUCUGGGGCCAACAUCUACGUCAGGUUCCUCCAGCAGAUGGAAAUCUUCAAGACGUCCAGGUUCCAUCACUCCAGCAGCAGCAGAAAUUUCAACCGACGCGGUCGCCGCCUCUGCAUCGCCUCCCUUAUCGUUGGGUGGUUGUCGGCCUUUGGCCUCAGCAUGGUAGCCAACUUCCAGACUAACGAGAUGCGGCCUGCCCACUACACAGGGGCGGGGCUUGCGUUCGUCCUGGGGCUGGCGUACUGCUGGCUGCAGACGACACUGUCGUUACGUGACGGCCGGCGGGGCUGCGUCGCCUGUUUGCAAGUUCUCAACAGCACCUUACUGUCCUGCUGCCUUGUGACCUUCGCUGUCAGCAAGUCAAUCUUCAAAAUCCGAGAAGGGAAAAAACACGGGACAAAAGAAGACGUCCUGAGGCCCGUGUACCUGGUCUCCACGGUGUCCGAGUGGCUGACCGCACUGUCCAUCGUCUUCUUUGUUCUGACCUUUUACCCCAGCUUCAAGCGCAUCUCCCUGCUUGGGCCUCGCGUGCAACUGCUGGAGGACCCGCCUCGACCCGCAGUCAACGGCAACGCGCUGCCCUGGUCAAUGAGUAACGGACAAGCAGUGUAGACCGGACACCUGUCGGAUGGCAGUCCUUUCCCUGUGUCUCGACCGACGCUGAUGAACCUCACUGCAAUAACUUCUUGUG